AUGUUAGUCAAGAUCAUCGCUGCCAUCGACGAUUCCUUCACACGGUUUACGUUUUUUAACAACAUACAGAAUGCUGCCAGGCAGAAGCUGUCGCUGCUGAAGAGGAACAUUGGCUAUCAUCCAAGGUUCGACACACCGGAUAAAGUUAUAGAUUACUACCGUGACCUUCCAGACAUGAACGGUCCUUUCACCGAUGAUUUCAUCAAAGCAAGACGAUUUCAGGCCAAGACUUACUGGAAUCACAUUUUCCGCAACGAGAUUGACUUUAUUAACAGCCUUUACGGCACUUGGGUUCCAGUAUUCGAAGCCAACGCGACCUAUACUGCAGAGCGGAACCUACUGACUAUUCCACCUGCCAUGAUGUACAGCCCGCUCUUUGCGCUUGGAGGACCUCCGGAAAUUAACUAUGGCGCUCUUGGACGUUUUAUGACGCAUUACAUAAUGCGAGGCUACGACCAGCACGGGCUUCGAUUCGAUGGCGCAGGAGCCCUGUCGCCGUGGUUCUCCCAAGAAAAUCAGCACCGCUAUGAUGCUCUGAUUUCCUGCAUGGAACGUAUGGCAUUGACCGCACCUGGUAACAGGUUUCGUGCACUGACCUGGGAUGAAGUACUCCCGGACGUCCUGGGAAGUAUUUCCGUCCUGAAUGCAUACAAGAAAGCUAAAGGUCAGCCAGGUCCGAGUGAUAAGCUCUUUUACGUGUCCUGGUGUCUUCUAUGGUGUGGUAGACAGAGUGGGCCAUCAGAUGACUUUCGGUGUAACCUGCCUUUGAUGAAUUCUGACCAUUUCAAGGACACGUUUGCGUGUCCCUAUAAUUCACCGAUGAAUCCGGCACACAAGUGUAACUUCUGGUAG